AAUCAUAUUAUAUAUAUAUUGUUACAACAAUACCAACUGACGUAUAGGUGAAUACCAACUAAAAUUAUGUAAUGGGACAAUGGGUAAAGCAAAUUCGUUCCAGACGCACAUGCAUAGUGGACCGUUAUAUUUUUGAAGAAAGACAAUAAAGCGGUUACUUCUUUAUAAAAAAAUAUAAAAGUUGUUUCAGCUUUUUAUAAGAGAAUGGGAAGAUUCGUAGCGGUUAAGUUAGAAGACGAGGAUCAUGAUAAUCAUUAUAUGUGGCAGGGAAUACCUAAGCUAUGGUUUCAUAUUCAUGAUGACCAUAAACAGUGUUGGUAUCCCGAAAAUGAUGUGUGGUUUAAAGCAGAAAAUGAAAUUAUAUUCAAUCGCUGUCCACAAGGAUGGUAUCUACGUCGUAUUCGUAAAAUUGAUGGUAUUAAUUAUUGGACACUCAGUGAAGCUGAUGAAAGAGCUGAUCAACUUAAUCGUCAAGAUCGUGAAGACAUACGUCAUGAUGUGAUUAAAAAAAAACUAGAAAAACUUGAUGAUGGUUUUUGCAGUUUGCUUGACAAUCAAAAAAAGAUUGUUAAAAGUUUUGAAGAAAUGAUUAAGUUAUUGAAGGCUCCGAAAAAUCAAGAAAACAAAAAUAAUAAAGAUAUAGUAUCUUUAGGAGCUUUUUUGCCUAUCACGGAUCCCAAAGGUCUGAAAAUAUUUGAAAAACGUUUGAUAAAUGAGAGCUGGAUAUCUCAAGCUUUGAAUGAUCUGAUUAUCAUUUUAACUGAUGAUCAAAACAUAAAUGAAAGUAUUCCGAAAAUUCUGGGAGCAAUUUUUUCAAAUCAAUUAGCUACUCAGUGUUCUUGGAAAGUGCAAAACGGAAUAAAAAUUAAAAACUCAUCAAUAAUUGAAAAAAUUAAUGUGACAUUAAAAAGUAUUGAUGCUGCAUACGGAGGAUUUGAAACAGCAGCAGCAUCUUGGUUUCAGAAUAAAAAAAAUCAACAAUGACACCGGAAUAAAAAUCAAGUUUCAUUUACUUAUAAAAUAGUUUAUAGUUUCUUAAUUAUUUUCGUACUUUUAUAUUUAUUCAUUUAAUUACUAUUAAUGAUUGUAAAACAGAUUCUAUAAACUUCUUAUUGCUUGACUAGUAUUAAGAAUCAAUAAAAAAAAUUGCAUGGUCUUAGCCGUUUUGUGAAAACUUUAAUUUGAAAAAAGAAAAAUCAUUAUUGCUAAUUAAAAAUAUACGUUUUUAAAAUUUCAUUUUCUUUUGAAAACUAUGAGAAAUUAUCAAGUAGAAAAAAAUUAUGUUAGGUCUUGAGAAGUCAAAUUUGUAAAGUUUUUUAUAUAAAAAUUAAGACAUUAGAAUUUUAGGCGG